AUGAGGAUCUCGCAGAAGCUCAAGCAGCGCGCGGGGGCGGCGGAUGAGGAGCAGCCCAAGGCAAGCUUCUCCUUUGAGUUCUUCGUGCCAAAGACAUUACAGGGAGUGCAGAAUCUCUACGACCGCAUGGACCGUAUGUACCAGACCCAGCCGGAGUUCAUCGACAUCACAUGGAACGCAGGGGGGCGGCUAUCGCAGCGCACGUCAGAGCUGGUGGCGACGUCGCAGGGCGUGCUGGGACUAGAAACUUGCAUGCACCUGACGUGCACGAACAUGUCUACCGCACUGGUAGACGAGGCGCUGGAGCGGGCGUACGAGGCGGGAUGCGAAAACAUCCUGGCGCUGCGCGGGGACCCGCCGUUGCAGGGUACAUGGGAGCCGUGCGCGGGAGGGUUCCGGUACGCCAAGGACCUCGUGGCGCACAUCCGCGCGCGCUACGGCGACCACUUCGACGUCGGUGUGGCUGGGUACCCGGAGGGACACGAGGAGGCGAGCGGGGCCGAGUUAAUCGGCUACCUCAAGGAGAAGGUGGACGCGGGCGCGGACUUCAUCAUCACCCAGAUGUUCUACGAUGCAGAUCUGUUCCUGAAGUGGUGUGACGCGGUGCGCGCAGCUGGCAUCUCCGUGCCGAUCAUCCCUGGGAUCAUGCCCAUUACCUCGUACGCGGCGCUGCUGCGCCGCGCCAAAUGGUGCCAGGUGCGCCUGCCGCCGGAGUUCCUGGAGCGGCUGGAGCCCGUGAAGGACGACGAUCAGGCCGUGCGGGAAAUCGGCACUGUGCUCGUUGCAGACAUGUGCCGCAAGAUACUGGCGUCCGGGCAUGUGACGCACCUGCAUCUCUACACGAUGAACCUCGAAAGGGCAUCGCUGAUGAUCCUGGAGCGCCUGCAACUCAUAGAUACUGGCGGAGCGGGUGUGCGCCGCAGGCCAAGCACGAAUGAGACGCUGCCGUGGCGCAAGUCGCUCAACCCGACGCGCCGCAAGGAGGGCGUGCGCCCCAUCUUCUGGCAGCGGCGGCCCUACUCAUACGUCGCGCGCACGUCGCAGUGGAGCGCGGACGAGUUCCCGAACGGGCGUUUCGGCGACUCCUCGUCCCCCGCCUACGGCGAUCUCGACCUCUGCGGGCACACAGUGCUGCGGCAAACAUACCAGCGCUCGCUCGAGCUGUGGUCCACGCCCCGCACGCUUCUCGACCUCGCGGCGCUGGUCAUCAGCUACCUCAAGGGCGACCUCAAGUGCCUGCCGUGGUCCGACGUUCCCCUGCACCAGGAGGCGGACGCAUUGCUCGACAGCCUCAUCCGCCUCAACGAGCACCUCGUGCUGACCAUUAACUCCCAGCCCAAGGUUAAUGGCGCGCCCUCCGCCGACCCGAUCGUCGGCUGGGGCCCCGCCAACGGCUACGUUUACCAGAAACAGUACCUCGAGUUCCUGCUGCCUAAGCACCACCUGCCCGCCUUCCACGCCGCCCUCACCGCGGACUUCCCCACGCUCACCUACUUCGCCGUCGACGCAGACGACAACCUCGCCUCCAACCACCCCGACGACACCCAGGCCAACGCCGUCACAUGGGGCAUCUUCCCCGGCCGCGAGGUCCUCCAGCCCACCAUCGUCGAAAAGGCCUCCUUCCUCGCCUGGAAGGACGAGUUCUACCGCAUCCUCGACGACUGGCGCCUCAGCUUCGACGAGAACGGCGCUGCAGACUCCGCCGCCCUGCUGGCUCACCUCACCUCCGAUUACGCCCUCGUCAACAUAGUCGACAACGACUUCGUGGCCACAGCUGACAACAUAUACUGCCUGCUCGCCCGUUUCUUCUAG